AUGAGUUCCAACAAUGGCAUUAUUGACACUUUCAGCCCUGGGGCCGCCAGUACGAAUACCGACAAUAGAUCUACGUCCACCGUCCGACCACGAACCCGCCGUCUGAUAUCGGUUGAUGAUGUUACCGACGAGGACUAUGGAAGACCGAUGCAGUCCACCAGGCUUUCUACCACAACUGUUUCACGAGACUCCUCCGCAGUCCGUUCGCGAGGUGCCACCCCAUCACCCCACACAUCCCGCGGGGCGUCACCCCUUCCAAUGCGACAUCCUUCGCGCGCCACUGAGUCACUCAACCGAGAUAACCUCAAUGGGUUCGGUGGUUCCCUAGGCGGGCACAGUCAGACAGGGAAGGCACAGGUCAGGUUCGCCGAUUCGUCGCGGGCAGCGGUGGAUUUUCUAGAUGCGUCUUGGACUUCCUUACAAAGUCUGGCAUCUUCUUUUUUGGGGAGUGAUAUUGCCCGACCCGCACCGAACGGGACGGCACGUACCCAUGCGAGGAAGCCGUCGCGACCAGAUCCGUACAUGAGGGCUACUCCAAAGACACCCUCAGCAUGGGGUCCGUCGGCCCCGUCCACAUCGGAAAUUGCAGCCGGAACAAAGGAAGAAAGACAGGCUAUGGUGCAGGCAAAGAAGCGGGAGGCUCUACUACUAGCAGACACGGGUUCUCUCGCUAGUCACGACAGUCGGCACAAAAGGCGAGAUUCCAGUGAACAGACGGACCACUCGGCGAUCGAUGCAAAGCAAGACGAGGAGGCUUUAGCGUAUAUACACCACGUUCAGCCCAAUGACAGCAUUACCGGAGUUGCCAUUAAGUAUGGCUGUCAACCAGCGAUCUUCCGAAAGGCCAAUGGUUUUUGGCCCACUGACAGUAUUCAGAGCAGGAAGACCGUGCUUUUGCCAGUUGCCUCCUGUUCUGUGAAAGGACGGCCGACCCGUGCCCCGGCCGAAGUUGAUCUUCUAGGCGGUGACACUUCUAGUCGGGAUUCUCUAGAGGAUUUGAGUGGAAGCUCCAUAGCACCUUCACCAAGUUCAGACACUCGGGCUUCCGCUGCCGAGGGAGAGGCAUCUACAGAAGCACCACUUGAAGGGGAAGCAGAUAGGAUCUGGAAACAUCAGUCGUGGGUGCAGAUCGAUGGGUUUUCCGCGCCAGUAGAGAUCGGCCGCGUUCCUCGCAAAGCUUUGGGAUUCUUCCCGCGUACACGACGAAAAUCUCUAUCUUACACAGACUCCGAACCUCGUUCGUCGAUAUCCGGCCGCGAGCGAACGGCAACUCUCACUUCAACUCUGCCUUCACCGACGGAGUCGCCAUCGUCGCAAGCGUCUACUGCACAGAAUCGAAGCACUGCAGACCCUUCAAGGGCGCGAGCCAUGUCUAGUGCCAAGCCGAGACCGCACCACCAACGACAACGUAGCAAUAUACAGCUCGUGGGAACAGGAGUCGGAACGCUCGAUCGCAGUGCGAUGGCUCCGGGGCCAGCUCUCGACGGAUUGAGUAAAUUUGUCGCACAACAUCUGCCAAAUCUAGCUCCUGCUCCUGCGCCCCCUGGCCUGGGAAGGACGCCGUCCGAGUAUGCCGCGGCUACGGCUUCCACUGCCUCAACUAGCCUUGACAAUAUAGGGGGUGCAGUUGAAGGCUGGGUGAGAAAAUUGACGACUCGAGCGAAAGCAGGUCUCAGCGACCUACAACAGGGCGCUCAAGCCUAUCAGAGCAAUACUGGUGCGGGGACUAGCCGACGUGGCAUGGGAGAUUUAAUCGAAUUGAACGCUGGCUUGGAGUCAAGGACUUCAUCUGGCCUUCUGCCGGAGAAUUCGCGAAAACCCGAUCUGAGCCGGUCAGGAUCAAAUGUGCACGACGCGUCCUCAUUGAGAGGACGUUUCCCCAGUCCAUCAUCCGGAACAAGCAGGACUCGCACGGGUGGAUCAAACCUAGGCUAUGGCGACCGAGUGAAGGAUGACUGA